GGACCCCCCGGGACAAGCAGCUCCCCUUGCCCCCCCAGGGGAAGGCGUUUUUGGGGGGCAAGGCGUUUUUUGGGGGGCGCAGGCUGCGAAGCGCUUGCGCGCCCUGAGGCCGGCGGGAGGAGGAGGAGGGGGGAGCCGGGCGCCCACACGAGGGAUUACAGCGGAUUUUCCUUGAAAAACAGACACACGCACACCCCGGGGGGAAAGCUCCCCCCGCGGCUCCGGCCUCGCAGCGCCGCGGGACCCUGCCCUGCCCUGGUACUGCUAUGUGGAUAUUUGUUAGCAAUGACUGAUGUGGAAUCUACAUAUGCAGACUUCAUUGCUUCAGGAAGAACAGGUAGAAGAAAUGCACUACAUGACAUACUUGUGUCCUCUCCAGGUGGUAACUCUAGUGAACUAGCCUUAAAGUUAUCAGAGCUUGAUAUAAACAAAGCAGAAGGAGAAGGAGAUGCACAACGAAAUCCAAGUGAGCAAACGGGGGAGGCCCAAGGGGAGGCAGCAAAGCAAGAAAGCUGACAUCCGACUUUGAGCGACUGGAGCAACUGCUGGAUGUUUUCAGGCUACAAGAGCAUGCUGGAACAAAUUUGUUUCCAUGAGCAAGCUGGUGGAAAAGCAAGUGCAUGUGUCUUCACUGCUGGAACCCAGUCAACACAAUGCUAAAAAUGGGGGUACAAGCUGUGGCAGAAGACAGAAUUUUCUCUACCUCUGUCAUUAGCAAUGGUUGAACAUGUAUUGAGUUUUGGGAUAGUGUCAUCAGAUGGAUCCCUUCAUAAUGACUACUUGAUGGGAACACUUUUAGAAAGUAGAAAAACAGGUAAAUCUUGUAGCAAAUGGCCUUUGAAACGUCAGAGGAUCUAAUUGUGUAUCUUAAGCAAAGGCUUGUGUGAUCCUCAGAGUUUAAAAUUCUCUGGCCAAAGUGUUCACCCAUUAAAAGAACUGUAAAGAAAGCACUGUUUUUAGAACUUUGCGUCUGUUUUACAGCUCUGUUAUUUACAAUGGUUUUUGUAUUGUACGACUUAGAUGCUCCACACUGCCCCUUCUCAACUGCUUAUGAAGAAUAUUUCUGUUACUGUGAAUUUUUCUACCACGCGUUUUGAAAGGGCUGUUUUUUUUGCAUAAUGUGGUGAUGUGCACAUGAUAGAUUUAAAACGUCAACUGCUAAAUUGAUUAUGCCUAAACCUAAAUGACUCAGCAACACUCUAAUUUGUUACUAGAUGAGCCUUCAAAACGAUUCAUUAAUGUGAAUACUUCGGUGUGUUUUGUGUCCUUGGUACAUUUUUGCCACUUGCCUGUAGUUAGUUGCAUAUCAGAGACUCAAACUGAAUCUUUGAUGUUAUUCUUCCGCAUUUUCUAAUUUUACUCCCAAUUUCUUAAACUUUCUCCAAGCUAUUUUUUUAAAAUGUCAGUCCAAGUAUUUUAUUGUAAUGGUAGUUUUAAGAAUACAUUUAUAACCUUACGUGGGUUAAAAUUCAAACGAAUUCCAUGGUGCUAGAGAUUUUUCUGGUUCACAUUGUUAAAGAUGGGCCUUGUAUACACAUGGGAAAAUAAGUGGCAUAGGUUAUGGCCAAUUAUCUAUUCUCGAAUAAGUUUUAGAUUGCAGGUUAGUCCAAGUAGUGGAUCAUCAACCUGAUCCAGCCUGGGGAACUACCUUUUUCUACUCCUUGGCUUUGCCUCAGUUAUCAGGCUGCUGAGUUUGCACAUCCACUAGCCUGUUACUGAUGUACCAGGCAGAGCCAAGUGCUAGAAGCUGCCCCAGCAGCCUUUUGGUCAGGUUGUGGGAAAAGGAUGUUUAAAGAGUUGGAAGCUAGCACAUAAAACACUAGAUUUUUCCUAUUUCAGCUAUUCCAAAAUGGCAGUCUGAACUGGUCAUUUAUUGAAAUACCAGGUUAGCUUGUCCGUCCAGGGGACUACUUAAAAUACCUAUAAAUUAAUAACCUAUUCUGCCAUAGCUAUGCUGAUUGAUUUUCUUCCCACCCCUGCCUCAGCAGACAAGGCCAUACAUGAGGCUGAACUCUGCAAAACGGGGCAGUUAUACUUGAGUGUGGCUGAGGUGAGAAAAGAGAGUGACUGACUAGUAAACCAUGGCAAUCACAUAAGCACCAAUCACAAAGUCAGAAGAUUUUUUUUUUCUUUUUAUUAACGGGAGGUGAUGUCACUUUCUUUAUAUAUAAUUAUAUAUAUAUUAUAUAUAUUUUUGUGUUGUUGUUGGUUUCAAAUGUUAUGCACUUUUUAAUGUUUGUAAACUUUUACUAAUGAAUAGUGUGAUUGCUUCCUGAAUAUAUUAAUCAUCAGUUAACAAAACAUAUUUGUGGCCACAGCUAUUUGUUUCUACCAUAUGUAUCAUAGUACUUGUCACAUGAAAUUCUUUUGUGAGAUGUGUGGAGAAAAAAAAAAAACACUUCUGAUCAGUAUUAUGAGCUCAUUUAUUAAUGUUAAUAAAAAAACAAGCCAGCAGUAUGCUUGUGGUUCAUUAGUGUAAUAUUAAUUCUCACCUCUUACUGUUUGAAAGCUGAAUGCCUCGCUGUCUUAUUAGCUGUCAAGUGCCCUAUAUUCUUAGUAACAGAAGUUGUCCAUUUGCUUUGAAAAUAUUGUUACCCUUGAACUAUGUAUUCAUUUGUUUCUCCUGGUGUUCCUUUCAAAGUUAACACAUUAUUACUGAUUCCACCCAACUCUACAUUGCUCCUGAAUCAGGUAUUCAACCUGAACAAAGAAAAGGACUGGUUGUCCUUUUGUCCUGGAUGACUAGUUAGCAUCAAUCUAACACUAGCACCAGAAGGAAAAAAGAUUCUGGGGCUUUAUAUACAUGAAACACCAUCAAUAAAUUUUCAUGGAAAAAGUUAAUAAUGGAAUAAGUAA